CGCGCACCGCUAACCGUUUCACAUCCGUUACAGAGGCAGGCUCUGAUAUUCUGGGUGACACGUUGGUUGCGCGUCAGCCAGGCUCUUAGAUGCACCUAUCGCCACACCCGUUAUAUUCAUACGAGUUAUUUUAGCCAACGACGUUUGAUACAUUAGUUUAGAAGUUGAGCUUUGAGUUUAUUUAUUUUUUGCUUACAACACAGUCAGAAAGAUAAGCUUUAUUGGCAGAAUGUAAUUGAUGGUAGGCUAAUAGGCUAAUUUCCUGGAGCUGAGCAGGGAAAAUCACCAAAUCUGAAGAUGAGGAGCCUGGAAUCCAAAUUGAUGCGUUUGAGUUCAAGGAAGUUAAAACGAUUUAAACGCCGUCUGAGGAAGAAGUAUGACAUCGAUGUGAGGAGGAUGGAAGUGAAAGCCAUUGUGUCAGUUAUGACAGACACAUAUAGAGGAGGUGCUCGUGACGUUGUGUCCUCAAUUCUAAAACACGUCAAAGGUCGGAGUAAACGGAAACAUAGACGGCAGGGCAAUGAGAACGAUGGGAGUUCGACCUCAACUGCCAUUAACGAGGAGGUGGAUGACCAACAGGCGAUGGAUGUAACACCGCUGUCUGAGUACCACCAGGCUGGAGGAGCACUCGCUGAACAUACUUCCAUCACAGCAGCUAAUAGAAGCAACAUUUUUGCACCAAUAACAACUGGGAAUUCAGUUCAAGGGGACCUGAACGUUUAUUAUUAUGGCCUUAACAGGCUGACAGGCGUGGACCCUGGACCGGAGAUGGUUGACCAGAUGACACAACCAAGACUGGUGCCACGGAAUGACCAGAGCAAGAAGAAAGAAAACACCAUUCGACUCAAAGGCGAGAUCAAAUUAGCCCUUAAGAAGAAGUUCAGGAGCAUACUAGAGGGUUUGGCACAAAGUAAAUCAGCCCUUAACAAGGUCUACACAGAGACUUAUAUGGUCGCUUGUGAUUCUGCCACCGUCAAUAAAGAACAUGAGGUGUGGCAAGCUGAAACCGCACAUCUCCAAGACACCUCGGGGGCCUCCGUCAUAAAAUGUCAAGAUAUCUUCAAGCAUGACGAAGAAGAAGAACCCAUCAGAUGUGUGGUGACAAAGGGAGUAGCUGGCAUUGGGAAAACUCUGGCAGUCCAGAAAUUCAUCCUGGACUGGGCAGAUGGGAUAGAGAAUCAACAUCUAGACCUUUUAAUUCUCCUUUCUUUACGGGAUCUAAAUUUGAUUAAACAUCGGCAAUGCAGCUUGCAUGGACUUCUUCAGGGGUUAUACCCUGAACUUAAGGACAUAGACAUAAAGAUGUAUGAUGACCAGAAGAUUUUGUUCAUUAUUGAUGGCCUGGAUGAGAUCCAACUGCCACUGGAGUUUCAAAAAAACAUUCCUAUAUCUGAUGUGUUAGAGUCUGCUACCCUGGACGGUAUACUUACAAACCUCAUCACUGGCCGUCUUCUCCCUAAUGCUCUCCUCUGGAUAACCUCUCGUCCAGUAGCUGCCAAUCGGAUCCCUCCAGAGAGUCGUGAUCGAGUGACCGAGGUCAGAGGGUUCAGUGAUUCACAAAAGGAUGUGUACUUCACAAGGAAAAUCAGUGAUCCGUUGAUGGCCAGCCGUAUCAUCUCGGGCCUUAAAUCAACCCGGAGCCUCUACAUCAUGUGCCAUGUACCGUUGUUCUGCUGGAUAGCAGCAACUGUUUUUCAGGAUAUCCUGGGUAAAGUCGGCCUAAAGUCUAGAUCUUUACCUACAACCCUUACUGAAUUGUACAUCCAUUACGUAGUGAACCAAACAAUUGUCAGUUUGAAGAAGUACGAUUCAACUCAUGAAGAUGACAAAGAAAAUACUUUGAAGCAAAACAAAGACGUCAUUUUCAAAUUGGGACAGCUAGCGUAUCAGAACCUGUUAAUUCACAAAGUGCAAUACACAGAACAGGACUUGAAGGACUGUGGUAUUAGUGUCAUGGAUGCUGCUAAAUGCCCUGGCCUAUGUACUGAAGUUGUACAAUCAGAGCACGGACUGUAUCCCAAGAAACUGUACUGUUUCAUACACCUGAGUGUUCAGGAGUUCUUUGCUGCUCUGUACGCAUAUCAUGAAUUUGAAAACCGCAGGAUUGACUCAGUGAAAGCCUUAAUCAAAAAGAAGAAUGGAAGCACUUCCAUUGAUCUUUUAUAUUUUCUCAAAGGUGCCCUGGACAGUGCAUUAGAUAGUAAAAAUGGACACCUGGACCUUUUCAUACGUUUCCUUUUUGGGAUCUCUCACGACUCCAGCCGAGACCUCCUUCAAGGACUUCUGGGAGAGACACCCAGCAGUUCAGAAUGCAACAAAAAGUUAAUUGGAUACAUCAAGAUAUUGAAAAGAAAGUCCCUCUCCCCAGAGAGAUGCAUCAACCUGAUCCACUGUCUGCUUGAGCUGAAGGACCACACCAUACUGCAGAAUGACAACCAGGUGUCGUCUUCAGACACGCCGCUAACUCCCUUUCAGUGCUCUCUGUUGGCAUUUACCUUCAUGUCAGAGAAGCCUGAAGAGUUUGACUUCAGGAAUAAACAAACUUCGGAGGACGGUUUCUACAGACUGUCUCCUGCUUUGCAGUCUUGCACUACUGCACUGCUCAACUGUUGUCACAUGACACCACUGCUAUGUGCAACUGUGGCCUCAGUUCUCCGAUCUCCAAAUUCCUGUAUUACAGUCCUGGAUCUGGGCCACAACAACCUGGGCAAUGGAGAGGUGAAACGCCUUUGUGAUGGGCUGUGGAACGCCAACAGCAAGUUGAAAACUCUGAACCUCAGCCACAACAAUGUUGGAGAGCAAGGUGUUAAGGAACUCUGCAAAGUGCUGAUUCGUCCCACCUUGAAGCUUCUGACCUUGGACCUCAGCUGCAAUGACCUUGGGGACGUGGGGUUGGAGUCCCUUGCUUUUGCCCUCCACGAGCGUUGCACACUGCAGGAACUGAGACUGUCUGGCUGUUUGAUCACAUUGCCGGAGACUGUGUCCUCUGUACUGGUCAUAGCUUUGAGGUCCGACCCCUUCCAGAUGAAAGAGCUGGAUCUGAGCUACAAUCCCCUCGGAGACAUUGAAUUGGAUUUCCCUUUUCAGCUGAAGCUGAACCUGGAGCACCGAGGAGAGAGCAGGAAUAAACCAGGUCUGCAGAAAUAUGCAUGUGAACUCACACUAGACCCCAGCACAGCGAACGGUUUCCUCGUUCUGUCUGGGGGGGGCAGGAAGGUGACGUGCCAGAGGAAGGAUCAGAAGUAUCCCAUCACCCAAGACAGGUUUGAUAAAUGCAACCAGGUGCUGUGCAAGGAGAGCCUGGACAAGCGGCAUUACCUGGAGGUGGAGUGUCUACACAGCGUUCACAUAGGCAUGGCCUACAAGGGAAUCGACAGGAAAGGAACCGGUGACAACGUAACACUAGGAUGCAAUGCCAAUUCUUGGACUUUGUACGCCUCGAAGUAUAAGGGCCAUACACAGCACAAAGACAUGCUACACAGGUUACAGAUCCCCCAAAUCAAAGCACAUGUGCCCUACAGAGUAGGAGUGUUUCUGGCCUCUUUAUCUUGGCUGAACUCUCCGACCGGCAUCGGCACGUUGUCCUUUUACAUGAUCAACCAAUCAACCAAUUGGGGACUGAACUCUCCGACCAUCUCUUAUAGUCACAGCCUAUCAGUGGACUGA